UCAUCUUCAUCUUCAUCUUCAUCUUCUUCCUCGGAGAAAAAUUUUCAAAUCCUUUGUGUUUGUUUUUUUUCUAUCAGAGACAGAGAGAAAUGUUCUCUUCAUCUACACUCGUGUAUUCUCUAUCUCUCUUCCUCUCAAUUUCUCUCUUCUUCUUCGUCUUCCUUCUCUCUUCCUCUAACCAUAACCUCAUUUCCACCGCCGAUGACCUCGACGACCUCUCUCUCUUCCACCGCGCCUCCGUCUCUUCCUCCUCCUCCAACAACAACAACUACCGUCGUCUCAUCUCCCUCUCUUCGUCUCCUCCUCCUCCCUCUAAGAUCGCGUUUCUCUUUUUAACAAACUCCGAUCUAACCUUCUUACCUCUCUGGGAAAGCUUCUUCCAAGGUCACCGAGAUCUCUACAACGUUUACAUCCACGCAGAUCCGACCUCCUCAUCGAUCUCUCCGCUUCUCGAUUCAUCAAUCAACGCUAAAUUCAUCCCGGCGAAGAGAACCGCGCGAGCUUCACCGACGCUGAUCUCCGCCGAACGAAGGUUACUAGCCAACGCGAUCCUCGACGAUCCGAACAAUCUCUAUUUCGCUUUGAUCUCGCAACACUGUAUCCCUCUCCAUUCUUUCUCUUACAUCCACAACCACCUCUUCUCCACCGCCGCCAACUCCGACCAGAGCUUCAUCGAGAUCCUCUCCGAUGAGCCUUUCCUUGAGAAGCGAUACAUCGCAAGAGGCGAAGACGCGAUGCUUCCGGAGAUCCGGUACCAAGACUUCCGCGUUGGAUCUCAGUUCUUCGUUUUGGCGAAACGUCACGCUCUGAUGGUGAUCAGAGAGAGGAAGCUAUGGAGGAAAUUCAAAUUACCAUGCCUCGAUGUUGAGUCUUGUUACCCUGAAGAACACUAUUUCCCUACUUUGUUGUCUCUCCAGGAUCCUAAAGGAUGUAGUCACUUCACACUCACCCGUGUUAAUUGGACCGGUAGUGUUGGUGGUCAUCCUCACACCUACGGUGCUUCCGAGGUCUCGCCGCAGCUGAUUCACUCGUUGCGGAGAUCUAACUCGAGUUUAGCCUAUUUCUUCGCCAGAAAAUUCUCGCCUGAGUCACUGCAACCGCUUAUGGAGAUAGCUGAUGCUGUGAUCUUUAGGGAUUGAAUCGGUGAAAAGUAAAUUAGGUAACAUCAGGAAGGUUUUUAGGAGAAGCAGUUUGUGUUGGCCCUCGAAGAAGAGUGGCAAAUAAAGAUGGAUUACUCUGAGUGGGUGUGUGUGUGGUGUUUCAUUGACCCUGUAGAUUUCAAAAGGGUGUGAAAUUGCUGUGUGUUUUUUUUUAAGCUUUGUGAUCUUUAGGGAAGGUAGAUUUGGUAAUGGAUGUAAAAAAAAAAUGAAAAUGUAAAUAGCCCCAAAGGCAAAGUGAGAGCAACAUCAUCAUUAAGAUAAGCUAAAUCGGCUUUCUUUUGUAUUUUCAGCUCCCUUUCCAUGGGAGAGAUAGAGAAUUUGGCAAAGGUCACUUCUCUCUCUUUUGUUUCGAAAAAGUGUGAAUGGAAAAAAAAUCUUUGUUAUCACAA